CGGCUCCACCCCCGCGCGGCGGCGGCUCGCAGCUCCGUCCCAACCCGCGCGCUCCGCACAAGCCCAGCCUGGGCGAGCGGCAGCCACCUGCCCGGCGCCGCCUCAGCGCGCCCCGCUGCGGCCCAACUUGGAUGGAGUUGGGGUCCUGAGCGCACACCCUGCCGCCGUCAUCCCGGAGCCCCGCGCCGCCGCCUGCCUUCGGUCCGGGACCCCCUCUCCGCUCCUCUCCGCUCCCGAGAUGGGAAAAGUUGGCGCCGGCGGCGGCUCCCCAGCCCGGCUGAACGCGCUCCUGGCGGGCGCGGGGCUUCUGGUGCUCUUCGCCCCCGGCGUCUGCAGCAGCCGCUCCUGCUGCCCCUCGCAGCACCCCGGCUCGACCCCACGCUGGACCCUGACCCCCAAAGGUUUUCCUCACCCGGGAGCGCUGGGUCGAGCUCCUGCCACGCCCCCGCCCCUCCACUUGAGACCCCUGUUCGCAGUGGCCCCCGGGGACCGAGCGCUGUCUCUGGAGCGAGCUGGGGGCAGCAGGGUGUCAGUGGCGACCGCCGCACGCUCUGGCCGAAAGAGACGGAGUGGAGCGGAUCCUGAGAAGACUGAACCCGGAGAGGGUGCCAGUCGGAGCCGCAGGGGCAUGCUAAGGGAUGGAGGGCAGCAGGGGCCUGGGACUGGUGCGCGGGACCCGGACAAAGCCACCCGCUUCCGGAUGGAGGAGCUGAGACUGACCAGCACUACAUUUGCCCUGACUGGAGACUCAGCACACAACCAAGCUAUGGUCCACUGGUCUGGCCACAACAGCAGCGUGAUUCUCAUUUUGACAAAGCUCUAUGACUAUAACCUUGGGAGCAUCACGGAGAGCUCACUUUGGAGGUCAACCGAUUAUGGGACAACUUAUGAAAAGCUGAAUGAUAAAGUGGGGUUGAAGACAAUUUUGAGCUAUCUCUAUGUGUGUCCGACCAACAAGCGUAAGAUUAUGUUACUCACAGACCCGGAGAUUGAGAGCAGUUUGUUGAUCAGCUCGGAUGAAGGGGCGACGUAUCAAAAGUACCGGCUGAACUUUUACAUUCAGAGUUUGCUUUUCCAUCCAAAGCAAGAAGAUUGGAUCCUGGCAUACAGUCAAGACCAGAAGUUGUACAGCUCCGCUGAAUUUGGCAGAAGAUGGCAGCUUAUCCAGGAAUCAGUGGUUCCUAAUAGGUUUUAUUGGUCUGUGAUGGGGUCUAACAAAGAACCAGACCUUGUGCAUCUCGAGGCCAGGACCAUAGAUGGCCACUCACAAUACCUAACUUGCAGGAUGCAAAACUGCACAGAUGCCAACAGAAAUAAGCCUUUCCCAGGCUACAUUGACCCUGACUCUUUGAUUGUUCAGGAUGAUUAUGUGUUUGUUCAGCUGACAUCCGGAGGAAGACCACAUUACUACGUGUCCUACCGAAGAAGCACCUUUGCACAGAUGAAGCUCCCGAAGUAUGCUUUGCCCAAGGACAUGCAUGUCAUUAGCACAGAUGAGAAUCAAGUGUUCGCAGCUGUCCAAGAAUGGAACCAGAACGACACAUACAACCUCUACAUCUCAGACACCCGUGGUGUCUACUUCACCCUGGCCUUGGAGAAUGUCCAGAGUAGCAGAGGCCCUGAAGGCAAUGUCAUGAUUGACCUGUAUGAGGUAGCAGGGAUAAAGGGAAUGUUCUUGGCUAACAAGAAGAUUGACAACCAAGUGAAGACUUUCAUCACUUACAACAAAGGUAGAGACUGGCGCUUGCUGCAGGCUCCAGAUGCAGAUCUAAGGGGGGACCCUGUGCACUGUUUACUGCCUUACUGUUCACUACACCUUCAUCUAAAGGUCUCUGAGAAUCCCUACACAUCUGGGAUCAUUGCCAGCAGAGACACAGCCCCAAGUAUUAUAGUUGCUUCAGGUAAUAUAGGGUCUGAAUUGUCAGACAGCGACAUCAGCAUGUUUGUCUCUUCUGAUGCAGGGAACACUUGGAGGCAGAUCUUUGAAGAAGAGCACAGUAUUUUGUACCUAGAUCAAGGUGGAGUCCUGGUUGCUAUGAAACACACAUCUCUCCCAAUUCGACACCUUUGGUUGAGUUUUGAUGAAGGGAGAUCUUGGAGCAAGUACAGUUUCACAUCCAUUCCACUUUUUGUGGAUGGGGUUCUGGGGGAGCCUGGAGAAGAGACACUAAUCAUGACAGUAUUUGGACACUUCAGCCACCGCUCCGAAUGGCAGCUGGUGAAGGUGGAUUACAAGUCCAUUUUUGAUAGGCGCUGUGCUGAAGAAGACUACAGACCCUGGCAGCUACACAGCCAGGGUGAAGCGUGCAUCAUGGGAGCUAAAAGGAUAUAUAAGAAGCGGAAAUCAGAGAGGAAGUGCAUGCAAGGGAAAUAUGCCGGAGCAAUGGAGUCUGAGCCCUGUGUUUGUACAGAGGCAGAUUUUGACUGUGACUAUGGCUAUGAGAGACAUAGUAAUGGGCAAUGCCUCCCAGCUUUUUGGUUCAACCCGUCCUCACUGUCAAAAGACUGCAGCGUGGGACAGAGCUACCUCAACAGCACUGGGUAUAGGAAGGUGGUCUCCAAUAACUGCACUGAUGGUGUGAGGGAACAGUAUACUGCCAAACCACAGAAGUGUCCAGGGAAGGCCCCUCGAGGGCUCCGAAUUGUCACGGCAGAUGGAAAACUGACAGCAGAACAAGGUCACAAUGUCACUCUCAUGGUGCAACUGGAAGAGGGUGAUGUGCAGCGGACACUCAUCCAGGUGGACUUUGGAGAUGGCAUUGCGGUGUCUUAUGUCAACCUCAGCUCCAUGGAAGAUGGGAUCAAGCAUGUCUAUCAGAAUGUGGGCAUUUUCCGAGUGACGGUGCAGGUGGACAACAGUCUGGGGUCUGACAGCGCCGUCCUGUACUUACAUGUAACUUGUCCUCUGGAACAUGUGCACCUGUCCCUCCCUUUUGUCACAACAAAGAACAAAGAGGUCAAUGCAACUGCGGUGCUCUGGCCCAGCCAAGUGGGUACCCUCACUUACGUGUGGUGGUACGGAAACAACACAGAGCCCUUGAUCACCUUGGAGGGGAGCAUAUCCUUCAAGUUUACUUCUGAGGGAAUGAAUACCAUCACAGUACAGGUCUCAGCUGGGAAUGCCAUCCUGCAAGACACAAAGACCAUCGCAGUGUAUGAGGAAUUCCGCUCUCUUCGUUUGGCCUUUUCUCCAAACUUGGAUGACUACAACCCGGACAUCCCAGAAUGGAGGAGGGACAUCAGCCGAGUCAUCAAGAAAUCUCUGGUGGAAGCCACAGGGAUUCCCAGCCAACACAUCCUGGUAGCAGUAUUACCUGGCUUACCCACUGCUGCUGAGCUCUUUGUUUUGCCCUACCAAGAUGCAACCAGAGAAAACAAAAGGUCUCCAGAGGACCUGGAGCAGAUAUCUGAAGUUCUAAUCCACAAACUCAACCAAAACUUGGUGCACUUCGAGCUGAAGCCUGGGGUCCAAGUUCUUGUCCAUGCAGCUCACCUAACAGCAGCUCCACUGGUGGACCUCACUCCAACCCACAGUGGAUCUGCCAUGCUGAUGUUGCUCUCGGUGGUGUUUGUGGGGCUGGCAGUAUUCGUCAUCUACAAGUUUAAAAGGAAGAUCCCGGGGAUUAAUGUUUAUGCCCAGAUGCAAAACGAGAAAGAGCAAGAGCUGAUCAGUCCAGUCAGUCACACUGAGAGCAGGCCCAGUGUCCCUCACCCUGACCUCAGGAGGCCUGGCCAGCCUGUAGAUGAGAAGGUGGAAUCGCAGCUCCUAGGAAGUAUUUCCAUAGUUGCUGAGAAUCAAAGCACAAAAGAAAUCCCUACCUAUGUAAAUGUUUGAAUGGAGGACGCCAGUAAAACAAACAAACAAAAAAUAAAUUAAAAACAAUCAAAAUCUAAUCUAACAAACACUCACUGCAUCGGGACUUUUAAAUUCUUCAGACACAGACAACAAGGGUUUUUAGCUUUAAGCCUGUGCAUGUGGACAAUACCUUGAGAACACGUUUGGAGGGGCAGUGUACAGGUGCUCUAUUUUAAUGGAAAAAAAAAAAAAACACUCCCCUCCCUCUCUCUUCUCUUUUUCUGAUCGGUCGUGUUUGUAGAAAAUUCAAACAUAUAUAAGCCAAGGAAAUCUGCAUGUAUUUUUGGAAAUAUUCUUGGCUCUAGAUUUAACAGCUAUUUUAGCACUACAGGCUGAUGGUGGGUUAGCCAUCCCUAGCCUUUUCACAAGACA